UACACGGAAUACAUAUCGGUUUAGGAGGCGCUUACGUAUUGAAGUGUAGCUUAGUUGUCUGCUCCCUCCAACUGGUUCCCCUUUCCCUUACCAAAUUGCUACUUUUUUGAGCAAUCAAGCGUCCGAGCGGCGGCGACGAUGGGAGUUCCGGCGUUUUACCGUUGGCUUGCCGAUCGCUAUCCUCUGGCGAUUGUCGAUGUGAUCGAGGAGGAGCCGACGGAGGCCCCCGGCAGAGCAACCGUCUCCGUCGAUCCCUCUGCGCCGAACCCGAACGGAAUCGAGUUUGACAAUCUCUACCUCGACAUGAAUGGCAUUAUCCAUCCUUGUUUCCACCCGGAGGGCAGGCCCGCACCUGCAACCUAUGAUGAUGUUUUCAAGUCAAUUUUUGAAUAUAUUGAUCAUCUCUUCGGACUGGUUCGCCCAAGAAAGCUAUUAUAUAUGGCAAUAGAUGGUGUUGCCCCCCGGGCCAAAAUGAAUCAGCAGCGCACCCGGCGUUUUAGGGCUGCAAAAGAUGCGGCCGAAGCUGCAUCUGAAGAGGAAAGGCUGAGGCAGGAGUUUGAGGGAGCAAAACAAUUGUGUCUGAUGGAUAAGCGUGAGACAUCUGACUCAAAUGUUAUAACCCCUGGGACUCGAUUUAUGGCUGCACUAUCUGUUGCACUUCAAUAUUACAUACAAUUGAGGUUGGGACACUGUCAUGGGUGGAAAUCUGUUAAGGUAAUAUUAUCUGAUGCAAAUGUUCCUGGCGAGGGUGAACACAAAAUAAUGUCCUACAUACGGUUACAGCGUAAUCUUCCUGGCUUCGAUCCAAAUACGCGCCAUUGUUUGUAUGGCUUGGAUGCAGACUUGAUUAUGCUAUCUUUGGCUACUCAUGAGAUUCAUUUCUAUAUUCUGAGGGAGAUGGUGUCAUUGCCAGGGCAUCAGGGGAAAUGUUUUUUGUGCGGUCAGGUUGGGCAUCUUGCCGCAGAGUGUAGAAGCAAGUCUAACGAAAAUGCUUCUGGCGGUGGCGACAAAGCUCUAGAUGACACCCCUAUCUACAAAAAGAAAUAUCAGUUCCUUAACGUUUGGGUCUUGCGAGAAUAUUUGGAGUAUGAUUUGCAGAUAACAGAUCCACCAUUUGCAAUUAACUUUGAACGACUUAUAGACGAUUUCGUGUUUAUGUGCUUUUUUGUUGGAAAUGAUUUUCUUCCGCAUAUGCCGACAUUGGAAAUCCGUGAGGGUGCAAUUAACCUACUCAUGUUUGUGUAUAAGAGGGAGUUUGCAGCUAUGGGUGGCUAUCUAACAGAUGCUGGUGAUGUUUCAUUGGAGAGGGUGGAGCAUUUUAUUCAGUCAGUUGCUGUAUAUGAAGAACAAAUAUUUAGGAAACGUGUUCGUAUCCAGCAAAAAAUCACUCACAUAAAUCCAAAUAGUUCCCUCUCCAUCUGCAGAAAAUCACGCCUCUAGUAAUCAUCCCUUGAUUUGCUGCAGCUGUCGUGAUCAUGUGAAGCUGCUGUUUGCCAUCUGUGCUGCUCCAUGCAGGCAGCCUCCUCAUAUUAAAUCUGAUGGUUGAUUUGGCUCCUAUUUUCCUCAAUUAUUCUAUUUAUAGACAUCUCUAAUUGUAUUUAGUAAGUAAGAUUGAUACACAUCAUAUAUUGAUUCUAGAUAGAAGGAGAAGCAAUCUAUGUAAUUUAAUUAGCUUCCAUAAGAGUUUAUUUUUACUGUUUUGAUGAGAAAUGUCUAUAAAUACCUUAUAAUUGAGCAAGAAAAACAAGAGAAAUUUAAUUCUCUUACAAUUUAUUUUU